AUGUCUCUAACACCGCUCUCAUCUCUCCGUGUCUCAAAGCAUCUCAUCCCGUCUCACAAACUUAUCCCCAAUUGUAGCAUCCACCAAAAGCCCCUUCUUCACUACCACGCCGCCUUCAAGCCCCCAAUAUCCGCAUCAAAGAUCGAAGCGCACUUAACCUCAAUUAACGUGGUAACACCGCAGUGGCGCUACACAAUCACGACCCACGAGGUCCUCUGCAUAAGCCACGGCAGAGCCCGCUUAUGCUUUGGUGGCGAGGACAAUGAGGGGAGGGUCGAGCCGGUGGUGGAAACGGGCGAUGUGGUUAUUGUGCCCGCGGGAGUGGGGCAUCGCCUGUUGGAGGAUCUGGACGGCGGGUUUGAGAUGGUCGGGAGUUAUCCGAAGGGCUGUGAUUGGGAUAUGUGCUAUGGAAAGAAGGGCGAGGAGGAAAAGGUGAAAGCUAUUGAGGACGUGGAGUGGUUUUGGAGAGAUCCUAUCUACGGGGAUGAAGGGCCUGCUACUGAGGUUUAA